AUGAAGCCUCAGUCGUUCCACACAACCUCAGCUCCACCUAAGUUGGCGGUGCAUAAUGACUCUCGUAUAAUUUCCAAACAGAAGCCAAAGAUACGUAUAAUUCACAUAGUUGCACCAGAAAUCAUAAAGACGGACGUUGAGAAUUUCAGAGAGCUUGUCCAAAGACUUACAGGUAAACCAGUUGAAAGGAAGGAUAGCACAGACAACAGGAAUAGUUCUUCAUCCCAUUGCCUGCCGUCAAAGCCUUGUGGUAGCAAAGCAAGGAAGAACAUUGAACCAGAGGGUGUUCCUGUAUUGCAAGAUACACAAAGAAUCAAGAAGGAGAUUGAAGACAUAUGCGACGGAGAGAAUCCAAAUGCCUUCUUGAGUUUCUGGGGAGAUGUAGAUGGAUUCUUUCUUGAUAUGAAUGAAUUUCCUCUACUUUCUUUCAGGCCUUCUCAAUUCAAUACAUUUGGCGAGAUGCCUCUCUGCUAG